AGGUGACUGCCAAACCACAGGUGAUUAUUUUACCACCCUUUGUGUAUAUGAAUCACUUGAAGAUAUAUAAAAAUUGGUAUAGGGAAUAAUGCAUAAGCGAUCCAAGUCCACUAUUGGGAAUAAGUUCAACAAUUUGCAUAAUGGAGUCCCAUCAAUGUUGCUUCAGAACAGAUGAAAAUCAAGUAAAAGAUAGAAUUUAUCAGCAUAUUUCAUGAAGUUUACUCAUCCCAAAUUUUACAUCAAGAAUAUAGAAAUUCAGUUCAAGAAAUGUUUUAAAUAAUUCUACCCUUUUAUGAAUUUUAAAAUUUUGAAAUUAACCUUGCUCAAAUUUAGCACUGAAAAAUAAAGGCCACGAGAAUUUUAGAAUGAAUCCUGAGAUGCAUAACUACUUUACAUUUGAUUACAGAGGUAUGUCAAUCCACUUAUCUAAUUAUUCCAGCAAAGAGAAAUCAAUCAGUAAAGAGAAUGACCAUCAAAGGAAUUGAUGACCAUUUAGGCCCUCAGCCUUUCAAACGGAGGUAAACUAUUUUCCUCAAUCUUUCUAGUACUAAAGAAAGAAACUUAGAUAAAGAAAAGGUUGAUACUUAUCAUUCAGUUGAAGAUAGAAAAAUAAUGAAGGAAUACCUUUCCAGAUCUCACAUUAAAUUUACAGAUCCUUCCUUCAAAGUUAAUGACUACAAUUCUUCAAGUAAGUUUUGGUAUCAACUCUAGAAAUUGAAGAGGCGGAUAGAGAUCAAUCUACCAGCCAAGCUAUCAGAGAAGGAGUAAAAUAAUGCAAGCAUUUUAGGAAAGCAUUCAGUAAGUUUAUUCCUCUUACUACUUAAAAUAGGUUGAACUUGGCUAUUCAGAUAUGGAUAAAAUGAACAAAUCAGUGUCUAAAACUUUCUAUUCUGAUAAAAACUACUCCUUCAAUGAGUUUGAAAAAAAUUGAAAAAAAGCUAAGAACAAUCUGAACUUAAAGACCUCUGUGACUAUUGGAUCUGAAAGAAAUCAACCUCGGGAGUUCCAUCACUCUAGUUUUGAUAAAAUUGAAGAAGAAAGAUUAAAUGAGUAAAAUCAAUCAUUUAUUUCUAGGAAGAAUAAGCCCUAUAAAAGACCUUACAAAAACAAAUCUAACGUAAAGUUAGAUUUCUACAUGAAAUUAUCAGACAAGAGUCAUUCUAAAUUCAAAAAUUAUGAUGAUAGACCAACUCUUUGCCAUAAAGUUGAUGAAAGCUACAAGAGUAGUAAUAUUAAUUUGUUCAAAAAGUACCAUCAACAGAUGGAGAACCCUUGGGAAGCUUAUAGAAGAAAGAACAAAACAGGAAGAAAAAGCAUCGACUCAAAUAAAAUCCCUACUAAAUAUGUGAAUCUUCCAAAGUAUUAAUUCUAACCUUCAAUUCUAAUACAUUUUAGUAAUAAAUACCUAAAGAAAGAUUCUGUUAAAAUGGUUCUCAAAGAUAAAGUUCAUGAAGUUGACGACAAGAUAGAAGAAUCUAUACCGAAGAAAAAGCUGAAUCAGACAAGUUCUGCAAAUAAAAUCAAUGCUUCCAACAACUUGCUCAAAUAUAAUGAGAAGUUAGAAGCUUCAUUUAAAAACCUGAAGAGCAACAUUACCUCUAAAAAUCUUGGAUUCUGAGGAAUUUCUUCUCAAAAAGGUAUUCUUAUAAAUUAUCCUUCAGAAUUGCCCAUUUCAACAGCCAAAGAUAUGAACUUAAGCAUUGAUUUAAAGAAGAGUAACUAUCAUCUAACAUUAUAGAAAGUGAUAUUGCAAAGUAUCACAAUAUGAACCUAGAUGAGAACAUAAAAUUCAAUUUUGUGAAUAGCCAGCCUUCUUCCCCACCCAGAAUUUACCGCAAUCAUUCUUUCAAUAACGACAACUCAGCUUGUAAAUCCAGAAAAAGUGAAGAUGUGAAGACCCACUUUAAAAUAGGUUCUUCUCAAGAUGAAAGCUACACUGAGAAGCAGUCUCGCUUCACAAAGGCUCGCAAGAAGGAUUACACAGAUGAACAGAACAACAAGCUUAAUGCCAAACUGUCUAAGGAUCAACUUGCAAAUCAUUUCUCGAUUGGAGACAAAUCCAAUAUUAAUGAAUAUAGUCACUCUGGUCAUCUCCAGCCUACUCACAAAAGAACAAAAACGAAUCCAAAUAUCUACACUAGAACAAACUUCAAAGUUGGAUUUGCUACCAACAAACUUAUUUGAAUGCAGAAUUCUAAAGGAGCUAGAAGGUUAUUGACAAAUCAAGGAAUAAAGCCAAAAUUCGAGACUUGUGAGUCUUUUGACGGCAGAUCGAAAAUGAAUGUAUCUGUAAGUUUUGGCAAUUCAAAUGUGGCCUACAAGACAACUUACCAAGGUAGCGGAGACUGGAUGAGAACUUAAGC